AUGAAAUACGGUCGAGACUAUCCCAACGCAACUCUCAAGGAGGCCAGUGCUGCAUAUGAAGCAUAUAAAGACUUCUACGCCAAAUUCCAUCAAGAAAACCCUGCAGCAACUACGGAUUGCUACACUGAAUAUCUUCAAACACUCGGCAAACAAG